UGGGGUUUGAUGUCAGUUCAAAAUAGUUGAAAAUAACUGUGAAAAUAGUUACAUGAUUUUGUGAAACACAACCGAAGAAUAUGCACUAUAAAUAUUCGAAUCAAAUUUAAUAAACGAAUUUCACCAAAAUCACUUUAAAUCAUGAACUGUCCGAUAUCAGGCCAUUAAACGCAGCUUUACGCUGUCACGUGGUGUUUCUUGGCUGCUCCUCUGAACUGUCAGCCAGUAUUCCGUGUUCUGGUUGGUCGUUGGGAAAGACUUCUGGCCAAUCACAGAGGCUUUCCUUGGAUGGUGAGGCACGCUUGCUAGAGCGGUCUGGAAGCAGCUAACCAGUGUGUUCAAGCAGACCUGCUGUCCUCAUGGGGGUGUUAUCCACACUCAUCAGAGGUCUGGUUCGAGGUGCGGACAGGAUGUCCGAGUUCACCAGCAAGCGUGGAUCCAGGACCCACAACAAAGGGAGGGGCGCACGGCCUGCGGGACUGCGGCUCUCCAGCGGGAAGUUUGUGGCGGUGCGGGCCAUGAUACCAGAGUUUGUGGUGCCCAGUUUGGAAGGCUUCAAGCUCAGGCCGUACGUGUCGUAUCGCUCCUCGGAGGGAACUGAGCCUCCGGUCACAGCGCAGAGUUUAUUUGAUGACGCUGUUGCUCCUCAGAUCAGGAAAGACUUUGAAGAAGGCUCCUUCAACCCAGAGCAGCUGCAGAAGUAUGGCUUUGAGCCCACACAGAAAGGGAAGCUCAUCAAGCUGUAUCCUAAGAACUUUGUGCGCUAGCGGCUUCCUCCUGUGCACAGCUCCUGCAGAGGGAACCAACUCUGUUCUGAGAGCUGGUUUAUGUCAAAUGAACAAACUGACCUUCUGCUUUUGCUUUCACAUGUCCCGUUAAUACAGAACAUUUUACAAAAACCACAGUUGUUUGCUGAAAUAAAGAUGACUGACUGCUC